CAGAACCCAUUGAAGGAAAAGUCUGGCUAUAUGCAGGCUAUGGGGAAAUGCAAAUAAGAAGACACACAUUUCUCAAAUAUGUCCAUAGUGUUUGGAACUACAGUUUUCAGUGGAAAAAAAAGCCAAAUGAUGGUUCCUUCGAACCAGAUUUCUUUCUGGAACCACAGUUCAACAAUCAGUCUUUUCAGUGUUCUUUUUCAAAAGACAACAUUUCUGUCAAAGGACGGACAAGAUGCACUCAGACAUCCCCACUUAACACCAAAGUGGAAAGGAGCAGGAUGUGGAACCAGUAUAACCGAUAUGUUUAUGCUAUGAUGAGUAUUAUGCCCCAUGCCUUGAAUGCUGCUUAUUCCUCCAUAUUCAAGAGGAGAAGGAAAGAGGGAGAAGAGAGGCUGGGGACUCGAAGGCUGAAGCCAUGGCAGUUCCAUUCAUUUCUGAAGAAGAAUGACUUUUGCAAUCUUUCCCACAUGAAAAUAUACUUGGACCAAAAUGGUGAUGUGGCAGCAGAUCUGGACAUCAUAAGCUUGAUAGUUCUCUCCAGGGAGGAUCCCAUUAAAGAGCAACUAGGGGUUUUUAUAAGACAGAGACUUACUAUCGAUCAAGAUGCUAUUUCACAACUAAAGUUGCUCAACAAGUCUCUGCCUCAGUCCAGAUGUGUGGAAAAUUGUCAUCCUGGAUUUUUCAAGCGGGCUCAAGAAGGAGAGCCAGGGCCCAAUUUCUUCCAUAAUGGGAGGGAUAAGAAAAAGAUCUUGAGGGAUGAGUUUAAAGUGAAUUCCUCUCCAGCAAAGUCCCGGCCAACAGUCUUUCAAGAGAUUUCACAAGAUCACACCUUUAUCAGGCUUGGAGAGCUGCCAGGCCGAUUUCUUCCAAACGUAAUUCUGUAG